AUGGCUGACACUGAAGCUACCAAGCCCACUGUUGACGCUAACGAGGCACGCUCCGCCGCCGCCGCCGCCGAGGAGCCCGAAAAUGACCCUCACUUCGAACCCGUCAUCAAGCUCGAAAACCAAGUCGAAGUCAAGACACACGAAGAAGAUGAAGAAGUCACCUUCAAAAUGCGUGCCAAGCUCUUCCGAUUCGACAAAGACGCAAAGGAAUGGAAAGAACGCGGUACCGGUGAUGUUCGUCUUCUCGAACACAAGCAGACUCACAAAGUCCGACUCGUCAUGCGUCGAGACAAGACGCUCAAAGUCUGCGCCAACCACUACGUAACUAGCGACAUGAAGCUCAGCCCCAACGUCGGUUCGGACCGAUCGUGGGUUUACAAUGUCGCUGCCGAUGUCGCUGAUGGUGAACCUACUGCCGAGACGCUGGCUAUCCGAUUCGCUAACUCGGAGAAUGCAAACGGAUUCAAGGAGGCUUUUGAGUCGGCACAGAAGAAGAACGUUGGUGGGAAAGCUGAGGCAGCACCUGCACCAGCUGCUGAUGAGAAGAAGGAGGACACUGCGGAAGAGAAGAAGGAUGACACCGCCGAGAAGAAGGAGUAA